AGUUAUAAAACGUGUAAACAAGUUUGUUACGGUACAACUGUUAACAAUGUAGUACAUGAUUGAUAUACGACUAUAGGAUAUUUGUAUGGUAGAUUUAUGUUAUCAAUAUCAAUAAUUACCCAGUCAGUAAUACGUUAUUAAUUUUUAUACAGUUUAUCACACCUUGAUGAAUUACCUAUAUAACUCUAUAAGUUUAUCAUAGUAAGAGUCAGCAAAUCAAGAGCGUACCGGAUUUCUACGCAAAAUGGGAAUAUCAAAUCUAUUGACUGGAAUUGCUGUGUUGGUAGCAGGAAUAGCUGUUGUGUGUAAUUUACCACCAUCUUAUAAUCCUUUAAUGACAGAAGCUCAAAAAGCAACAUUGAAAUAUUUAGCAGAUGCCAAGUUACAGACAAUAGAAUCCAACCCAAAACAAUUCUUGGGUAAAGAUUUGUGGGAGAAGAAAGGUGCAGUUAUAAUGGCUGUCAGGCGUCCAGGUUGUUCUUUAUGUCGAGAGGAGGCAGUUGGACUAUCAUCAUUAAAACCUAAACUUGAUGCUCUUGGUGUUGAAUUAUAUUCUGUAGUUCAUGAAACACUGGGUGUUCCAGAAUUCAAGCCAUACUUCAAAGGUCCUGUUUAUUUAGACAAAGAGAGAAGAUUUUAUGGUCCUGUAGAGAGAAGAAUGCUUGUAACAGGGUUUUUACGGAUCAGUGUAUGGAGAAAUUUUAUAUCAAAUUGGCGGAAUGGGGUUGAGGGCAACCUGGAAGGGGAAGGUAGUAUAUUAGGAAGUGUUUUUGUAAUUGGACCAGGAAAGCAAGGAAUAUUAUUUGAACACAGAGAGAAAGAGUUUGGAGACUAUGCUAAUUUAACAGAGGUUUUAAAUGCAGUGAAUCAAAUACGUUCUUAAUAUUAGGACAUAAUUUAUAGCCAGUAAUUGUUUUUGUUGAAAUAUGAUAAUAGUGCAUUUUUUUUACUAAAAGUUAUGUAUGUGUCACUAUUUUUAGAAAUCUUUGCAUAAUUUUAUUGUGAUAUAUAUUUAAUGGAAUUCAAACACAAUACUCAAGUUAAUUGUAUAAUUAUUAAGUGCUACUUAAAGAUGAAUUGUCCCUGUGGAGAUCUAUGCCGGUGUGUACAAAAUAAUUUAUUGUAAUAUGUAGAAUCGCAAUACUCAAAUUAAUUGUGAAUAUUAUAAAGUGCUACUCAAGGGUUUUGGAUUCUUUGCACGUUUUUUCUGGUGAGUACAAAAUGAUUUUUUUUUAAUUUGGCAUAAUUUAUCUAUACAGUUACAAGGGUCAUUUUGAAAUUAGAUUGUAAUUGUAUGGAAACUUUGAGAUAAAUCAUACCAAUGCCUUACUCUUAUUAGACUAAACUUUCGAUAGUAAGGUUAGUCAAAAAUAAUUCUGAAUAUGAUAUUUACAUUAUUCAGAAUUAAUGGCAUUUCUUUGAAAUUGUUUAAAAUUAAUCUUGUAAGAAAUGGUUUCUGAAUAAUUGUUCCAUCUAGGUUAAUCAUAACCUAAACUAUUACAAAGCAUACUGAUUGGAAGUCACAAUUUACAUUAUUUAGAAUGUUUUGAUUUUAACACGAGUUUAGCUGUUACCAAUAAGUCCCACACUUCUGAAUUAUUCUCUGUGAUCAAAUUGAUAUUUUUUCAAAAAUGAAAGACCAAGGUUUUGAUGCAUAUAUUAGGGUAAAGUGUAUAUAAAUGUUAUUGUUAGUGCUACUUAAUAUAUAUGGAGCACAGUAAUCCCAUUAUUAUGUAUAGAAAUUUAAGUGGGCAAUUUUAGGAACUACUAAUUGAUUAUUUGAUGUUUUAUUGUAAAAUGUUGGUGGUUAAUUUAUUUUUGUAUGUGAUUAUAUAGUAAUAGAAAUGCAAUUUCAAAUAAAAGUUCCAAUUCAU